AUGCCACACAAAUCGUGUGCGGUUGCGAAUGAAUCAGAAGACUUGGUAGCUUGUGAGCGUGAUCAACUACGUAAAGAUAUUGAACAAUUAUGUAUGCACCAAGCUGGACCUAGCUAUCUCGCGGUGGCUACUCGAAUGCAUUUUCAGAGGACAGCUGGCCUGGAGCAGGAGAUCGAGAACUUGAAGAAGAGGUUAGCUGCUUGCACAAGGGAAAAUCUAAAUCUUCAAGAGGAGCUUUCGGAGGCGUAUCAUGUUAAAAGCCAGUUGGCAGACUUACACAAUGCGGAGGUCUCUAAGAAUAUGGAAGCAGAGAAGCAGGUUAAAUUUUUUCAAGGUUGUGUUGCUGCUGCAUUUGCCGAGCGGGAUCAUUCUGUAAUAGAGGCUGAAAAAGCUAAGGAGAAGGAGGAGGUCAUGUCCCAAAAUUUAAAUGAUUUAGAGAAGAGGUAG